CAAAUUAAGGAUCAAUGGGGAAUCAUGCCGUAACUGUUUAUUUUAGCAGACGCGAAUAAAGUGGCGUGAGAUCAAUGGAAGUCGACAGACCAUAAGUUGACAAUUUUUAGUUUGGAAUAACGGCAUUAAGGUUGAAUCAAAAUGGACGCGGAGGAGUUCAGAAAGAAAGGUAAAGAAAUGGUGGACUAUAUAGCUGAUUAUUUGAGUUCCAUUGACAAAAGACGACCACUGGCAGACGUGGAACCAGGCUAUAUCAAGGAACUAGUUAGAAACGAGGCACCAAUAGAACCCGAUUCCUGGGAAGAUCUGAUGAAGGAUAUUGAACCAAUUAUAAUGAAAGGGACAACACAUUGGCACAGCCCACAUUUUCACGCAUAUUUUCCGACAGGAAAUUCUUUUCCUGGUAUACUGGGUGAUAUGUUGAGUGAUGCUAUAGGAUGUAUAGGAUUUUCAUGGGCAUCAAGUCCAUCGUGUACAGAAUUAGAGGUUGUUGUGAUGAAUUGGUUAGGAAAGAUGGUGUCAUUACCUCCAGAAUUUCUCUUCUCUUCAAAAGGUCACGGUGGUGGAGUCAUCCAGUCUACUGCUAGUGAAGUAACAUUAACUUGUUUAUUGGGAGCUAGAACUAAGUUUAUACGCCAAAUAAAGGGAGACGAUCCUAACAUGGAGGACGGUGUUAUUAUGUCUAAAUUAGUCUGUUAUUGCUCAGAUCAGGCUCAUUCUUCAGUAGAGAAGGCUGGAUUAGUCGGUGCUGUUAAAUUAAGAAUAUUAGAAUCAGAUGAAAAGGGUUCUUUCCGUGGUGCCGCAUUAGAAACAGCAAUAAAAACUGACAAGGCUAACGGACUAGUGCCAUUUUUCGUUUGUGCUACUCUUGGUACGACAGGAUGUUGUGCUUUUGAUAAUAUAAAAGAAUUAGGACCCAUUUGUGAAAGAGAAGGUAUAUGGUUGCAUAUAGACGCUGCCUAUGCUGGAAGUUCUUUUAUUUGUCCUGAAUUUAGACCACUGUUAGAUGGAGUAGAGUAUGCAAUGUCGUUUAAUUUUAAUCCUCAUAAAUGGUUACAAGUCAACUUUGAUUGUUCAACUCUCUGGGUAAAAGACAGUCGUUUAUUAGCUGAAGCUUUUGUAGUUGACCCUCUUUAUCUAAAACAUGAAAAUGAAGGUGCUAUGCCGGAUUACAGGCACUGGCACAUUCCAUUGGGGCGACGUUUCCGGUCUCUGAAGCUCUGGUUUGUUCUGAGAUUAUUUGGACAAAGGAAACUUCAAGAAUCUAUCGUAAAGGAUGUCAACUUAGCAAAAGAGUUUGAAAAAUUAGUUCUAGCAGACACAAGGUUUGAAGUUACGUCAGAGGUUAAGAUGGCACUUGUUUGUUUUAAACUAAAGGGUACAAAUGAGAAGAAUGAAAUGUUAUUAAAAUUGAUAAACGAUGAUGGUAGAAUACAUAUUGUACCUUCAACAAUGAAAGGAACAUAUUAUCUAAGAUUCGCCAUUUGUGCUUCAACUACGACAAUAGAUCACGUGAUAUUUGCCUGGAAUGUUAUACAAGAACUGACCAACAAGGUUUAACUGAUGUGAUACUUAGAAAACAAGAAUGAUUGUCGUUAGAUAUAAAAGUUAAAAAAAAAAUCUGCUCAAUUUCAUAGAUUCAAGGCUACAAGGGUGAUUCUUCUUUGAAGGUGUCGAAAGUAAUCAUUGAGACAAAAUCUCAAUGAAAUGAUAUAAUGCCUCGAUACAUGUUUUAAGUAUUGAUUAUUUUAAAUUUUAUUUUUUGUACAAAAUUAAGGCCGUGAAAUGAGACAUUCGGGCAUCGAGUAAUAAGUAAUAAAGAUCAGAUUUAUAUACUACCCCCGCCCCCCUGUCAAAAAAGAGAAUAAAUUUGAAUGAUUUAAUUACUCAUAAUCUGGUUUAUUAUUAAAUAUUUAAGAAUACUCAUGUAUGUACGGAAUCUAAGCUUCAAGAGUGAUUGUGAUUUGAUAGGCUGUACUAAUAACGUGGAAUAAUGUGUUCAUUUAGUAGAUCUAGUGUUUAUUUGAACUAAAAAUAUAAAAGAAAUAGCGGUCUACAUUAAUGUUUUAUUAUUAGAUAUUGCUCUCAAUCCGGGUACCUUCUCUUUCAACGCCCAAUCUGAUGAAACCAUAAUCAAAGGUACCCGUAGCCACUACCCCAAAUGAAUUAAUAGUAAAGCUUCCGUCAAUUAUUCCAAUUUUAUUGCCGGUACCAUAUUCAAUGAAAAACAACUCAUACUUGAGAUUAGGGACGAUGUUCGCUACUCCAUUUUGAUUCAAGUCGUCGCUAAAUGUCACGGUACCUAGAUCCACGGAUACAGCAUCUACUAAAUCUAGAAAUUACAAUUAAAAAACCUUCUCAGAGACUGAAUUGUACAAAUAUAAUGUAUAACAAUUUAUGAAACUAUGAAUACACCAAAUAUAACAGUUUAGAUAACUUUCUAUACCAAAUAGAUAUGUAAAUUUG